CCGCGUCAUAAAUUAGCAAAAAAAUUCAGCGCUGUGGGAUAAGUGAUAUCCAUACGAGAGGAAUUUUUUUAUUUUUUUUUCAAUUUGGAAAUAACAUUAGCGCGUGGAUAUUUCGAUACGUGGCUUGCAAUUCAUGUUACAUAGUACUAACCACUUAUCUUCAUUUUUUUUUCCCCCCCCCUUAUCGCAUCCCCUUUUUGGUGAAAUAAAGAACGCUUCGCUAUGCAUAAAUGCCCAAAUGAUGUUUUCCCUUUGAGAAAAUAAGAUUUUCGUUUUUUUGUAAAAUUCAGAGGGUCACAAUCCUCCUGGGGGUGGCUUUAUAACCAGCAAUAUAGUGCCAUUUGCCAUAUCGUCAUUUUGUUAUUUUUUUCCGUCAUCCCAGCGGGAGCGCCAAAGGGAAUAACGUGGCACUCCAGCGAUAAGGGUUAGCAAGCCACGUGCUUACCUACGCGUAAAUGCGCCUGCGUCCGUACUCACUAUAUGCCGGCACACAGCUGCUGCAUUCGCUGUGAGCAGGUUUGCCGUUCGCACGAAUUGCCAGCCACUGCUAUAUAGCUAACUGACCGCGAACACACAUAUGGGAUGCUCAAAGGAGGAGAGGAAAAAGGGGCGCAGUGUAUGAGGGAAUUAUUUCCAAACACUACCAUACGUAUGUACACACAUAUCUGUACAUGUGUAUGUGCCCAUUUGUGGAGCUUCCCGCUAACCGCCGAAGUUGGAAGGCACAACGCGUAAAUCGAGGAAGACCAGCGUAUGCAAAAAAAAUAUAUGACCAAAUUGUUUUUAAGUAAAAAGGCAUAAACGUAACGGAGAGGAAGUAUAAUACGCAAAAAAAAAGCAAAGUCUGACGCAGAAUUGUUGUUAAGUGAUUUGCGCGUUUGUGGCAGUUUGCUUGGAGGGCCACCUCGCCGUUGAUCCACCCCUUGCGCUUUUCCAUUUUUCCCAUUUUUUGUGUUGCACAUUGGAAGAAAAAAAAAAAAGGAGGAAAAAAAAUAAAGAAAGAAAAAAAAACGUUAAACUGCAAAGCGUUAAAAAGGUGUCACCUUUUUGCACUGUAUUUCCUUUGGCAAGGCGAAAAAAGCAAAAGCUAUCUACCUUCGCAGCAGUGGUUUAAGCAAAGUUACGCGCUUUUUUGAGUGUGUAAUAUUUUUGCGCAGUUCGCGGAAAGCAGGCUAUUUUCCCGCUUGGCAGAUACAUGUGGAGAUUUUUUUGCGAACGAAGAAAAUGGAUGACACUGUGAGGAAGAUCGACAUUUUCAUCAUCAUCGGAAUUGCGAUUGCGUGUGGAGUUUUUUCCGAAUUUUUAAGUUGGCUAUUCGUUUACAGAAAUGAGAAGUUUAUAAAGCUGAACGAAGAAUUGAAAAUAUUGUAUGAAAAAGUUCAGAAGGAGAAGGAAGAUGGGUUGCUGAGCAAAAUCGAUGGGAACAGCAGCAACAGUAACAAUAAAAAAAAAGGGAAAAAAAAAGCCACAACGGAAGAAAUAUAUGUAGAGAAAACAAAAACAAUGGCAACGCUGAAGACAAAGUCGAAUGUAAUAACGGGGUUAAUUUUUAUGUCCAUGAUGCCGUUGCUUUUUAGCUUAUUUGAAGGACUCACAAUUGCCAUUUUGCCGUUUAAGCCAAUUUUCCCCUUUACCUUACUAACGCACACGGGGUUACAAGAAAAAAACUUGUACCAUUGCUCAUCGACUUUUAUUUAUACCCUAACGUUGAUGCUCACGAGGCAGAACAUUCAGAAGUAUUUCGGGUACGCACCGCCAUCGGGAAUGUUUGGCGAUUUUAAGAUGCCGGACGAGCAGGCUGAUAUGUGGAAAUAG